AAGGGUUUGUUUCCGUUGAUGUUAAGUUCCGGUAUCUGCCGUUGUUGAUGUAGCUUGAAAUUUAUUUUCUACCGGUAUCCGCAACCAUCAUAUUUGAUAUUUAACAUUUUCGCCUAAGAAAUGGCGAAAAUAUUUGGAAACUUUCUUCUUCUUCUACUACUUAUUAUUCCAACAACAGUAGUUUUUGUCGACCAUGGGGGGAGCAAUCUUGCCUUUGCACAAGAUGUCUUAGAAGGUGAAGAUGAUGAAGCUACUGUAGAAACUGAGGCAGUUGGUGAGGAUGAUACGGAAGAAGAAACUCCUGUGGUGGAAACCGAAAAGGAAGAGGAAACAAGUGAAGAAAGUGUUUCUCUCAAGCCUUCUCCAGAUGCUGACACGUUCAUUCUCUUUACCAAACCUGGUAAUCCUCUAGAACUGCCUGCUGGAAAACAAGUUAGAAUACUGGUUGGUUUCACCAAUAAAGGCAAUUUGGACUUUUUAGUCGAUAGCAUGGAGGCUUCAUUUAGAUAUCCUCAAGAUUACAGUUUCUUUUUACAAAAUUUUACUACUGUGGCUUACAAUGCAGUUGUUGAACCCAAAAGACAAGCAACCUUUGAGUAUGGUUUCGUACCAAAUGAAGCAUUCAGUGCACGGCCAUUUGGAUUAACAGUUACUCUAAAUUACAAGGAUUCUAAUGGCAUUGUUUAUCAGAAUGCAGUUUUUAAUGAAACUAUUCAAGUUGUUGAUCCUGAUGAAGGGCUUGAUGGUGAAACAUUUUUCUUGUAUGUCUUUUUGGCAGCUAUUAUUAUUUUACUGCUUGUUGGAGCUCAACAGCUUGUCUCUAAUUUUGGGCGAAAACGCCUUUCUAAGCCUAGACAACCAGUAGAAAUGGGUACUCAAAAUACAGAUGUUGAUUAUGAUUGGCUUCCAAAAGAGACAUUGCAAGGAUUAAACAAAUCACCAAGGCGUUCUCCCAAACAGUCACCAAGGCAAAGACGAAAUCUGAGAUCUACAGGGUCAGGUGAAGAGUAGAAAUUGAUAAUUUCUAGAUUUCACAGAAUUACUUUGUCAAUGUUUGCCAUUUUCAUUUAACAUAUAAUUGCAUAUUUAUCUUAGUGAUGUGGAUUAUUCAUAUCCAUUUACAUAAUGGAGGCUCAUUUUCAUGUUUCUGAUUGUGAAGAAAAUAGGAACCAUUCUUGAUAUUGUUUUAAAAAUGUUUCAGAAUGUAUCUAAUUUUAAUUACUUAUUGUACUUUUUAAAGUCAAUCUUUUAUUUGUGACCAAAUGGUGUGUGAAUUGCUUUUGGGUGAAAUAAUUGUCCACUAAAUAAUUCAUAUUUACAGCUGUACUGACAUAGUUGAUCAUUUUGGUAAUCAAUGUGACUGAAAACACUUUGAGAAUUAGCUGUUGUACAAGUUGUGUUUAAAUAAUUUACAAGGAAUGUGUAGUUUGUUUUAAUAGAAUCAGUGGACAUUUUAGGAUGUUUCACAAGCAUUUUUUAUUUGGAUGGUACAUAUUCCAUCAUGUUUGGUAAAAUUAAGUUAUUUUGACUAUGUUAGCCAAAUUAUUGGGAAAAUGUUGAAUUUCAUUCCAAAUGUGUGAGAAUUCGUGUGGUUGGUUCAAAAUUUCACUGUUAAUGAUUAUUGAAUUUGCUAGUGUAUCAGUGAGUCAUUAAAUUCUUUAGACCUAC